AUGUCAGAAGUUCAAACUUAUUCUGGUCCUUCAACUCCAAUCGAUUUCACACCUGAACCUCCGGCCGACAUACCGAAUUCGACAGAUGUCAAAGUCAUGUUUCGUGAUAUCACACCUGAUUAUGAAGUUUUGGAAGUUAUAGGUGAAGGUGCUUAUGGUGUUGUUGUAUCUGCUCAACAUCGACAAUUUGGUACUAAAGUAGCUAUCAAAAGAAUCAACCCUUUUGAUCAUUCCAUGUUUUGUCAGAGGACGUUGAGAGAAAUAAAGUUGUUGAAACAUUUUGAACAUGAAAAUAUCAUCAGCAUCAUGGAUAUUCAUCGACCAUACAGUCUUGAUACGUUCAACGAGGUAUACCUCGUCCAGGAAUUGAUGGAAACGGAUUUGCACCGGGUGAUCCGGACUCAAGAGCUUUCCGACGAUCAUUGUCAAUACUUUCUCUAUCAAACUAUACGUGGACUCAAAGCUAUCCACACUGCCGGUGUACUUCACAGAGAUCUCAAACCGAGCAAUUUACUCCUCAAUGCGAAUUGUGAUUUGAAGAUUUGCGACUUUGGUUUAGCUCGGUCGGCGGCUGCUGACCCACCCAAUGCAGGUCCUGGAGGUGGGAAUGGAUUUAUGACUGAAUAUGUCGCAACUCGAUGGUAUCGUGCUCCAGAGGUCAUGCUAUCAUUCCAAGAAUAUAGCAAGGCUAUUGAUAUGUGGAGUGUGGGAUGUAUACUUGCUGAGAUGUUGAAUGCAGCGCCCAUCUUUCCCGGUAGAGAUUAUCAUCAUCAAUUGGAGUUGAUACUGGAUGUUUUGGGCACACCAUCCAGACUAUCUUGUGAGUCAUGCAAAUCACAGUCGACUAAGCUCAUGCAGAAGAUGGGAAUUCCCUUUCAGCGAAAACAAGAUCUGAGAGCUAUCGUCCCAAACGCUACGAAAAAAGGUCUCGAUCUUCUUCGACGUACUCUUACUUUCUCCCCAAGUAAACGCAUAACAGUGGAAGAAGCUCUAUCUCACCCCUACCUCGAGCCUUACCACGAUCCCAACGACGAACCAUCCGCUCCUCUCAUCAAAGCCGAGUUCUUCGAGUUCGAGUAUGGCCCAGCUAAGAAGGACAGGAAGUUGUUAAAACGAUUGAUAUACGAGGAAAUCAUGAACUCGCCCCCUUCACGGUUGGUAGAUCUUCCAAAAUAA